AAUGUAAAUAUUUUCUUAAUCGUCACUUUCUAGGUAGGUUGACUUCUUCUUCGACGAAGCUUCAAUUUCCAUUGUUAAUUGUUGCAAGUUGCGCAGCACUUUCUCUCUCUACAUUUUUUCAAUGGCUGCCUAUAUUACGAGUUGAAACGCAACGACUGGUUUCACAGAAAGGGGAAAAAAGGAAUUAAUUUUAAUUAGCAGACGAAAAGAUAGGAUUGUUUGAUUUUGAAUUUAGGGCGGGGAAAUAAUGGAGAAUUUAUUGAGUGAAAAUUGGAAUUUCGAGUCGAAACAUGCGACGGCGGAGGCGUUGCAGCGGUGGCGCGAUCGGUGUUCGGUGGUGAAAAACCCCAAGCGCCGCUUCAGAUUCACCGCCAAUAUCCCCAAGCGCAACGAGGCUUCUGAAAUGCGCAAAACCAAUAAGGAGAAAUUGAGAAUUGCAGUUCUUGUAUCCAAAGCUGCAAUUCACUUUGUAAAAGGUGUGCACCUAACCGAUUAUAGUGUUCCCAAAGAAGUCGAAGCUGCCGGUUUCCAAAUAUGCGCCGACGAGCUAGCUUCCAUCGCCGAAGGGCACGACGUAAAAAAGCUAAAAACCCACGGUGGGGCCCACGGCAUUGCCGCCAAGCUCGCCACGAGCCCCACCACCGGCCUCCCCACCGGAGCCGACGCCCUAAACCGCCGCCAGCAAAUCUACGGCAUCAACAAAUUCGAAGAGGUCCAAUCCCGCAGCUUCUGGCUCUUCGUCUACGAAGCGCUCCAUGACAUGACUCUCAUGAUCCUCGCCGUGUGCGCCUUCUUCUCUCUCAUAGUUGGCAUUGCCACCGAGGGUUGGCCCAGUGGGGCCCACGACGGCCUCGGAAUCGUGGCCAGCAUUCUCCUCGUCGUUUUCGUCACUGCAACUAGCGAUUACCGACAGUCGUUGCAGUUCAAGGAUUUGGACAAGGAGAAGAAGAAGAUCUCGAUCCAAGUGACGAGGAACGGCUACCGACAGAAGCUCUCAAUCUACGAGCUCCUGCCGGGUGAUAUCGUGCACCUCGCCAUAGGCGAUCAAGUCCCUGCGGACGGUUUAUUCCUCGAGGGGUUCUCCGUCUUGAUCGACGAGUCAAGCCUGACGGGCGAGAGCGAGCCCGUUAUAAUUAGCGAUGAGAAUCCGUUUCUACUCUCCGGUACGAAAGUGCAAGACGGUUCUUGCAAGAUGCUCGUCACUAAUGUCGGCAUGCGGACGCAGUGGGGGAAGUUGAUGGCGACGCUCACGGAAGGAGGCGACGACGAAACCCCGUUGCAGGUUAAACUCAACGGAGUUGCGACGGUUAUUGGGAAAAUCGGACUCUUCUUCGCCAUAGUGACUUUCGCGGUCUUGGUCCAAAAAAUCUUCAUUAGGAAAUUGCAAGACGGUACGACCUUAAUUUGGUCAGGCGACGACGCGCUCGAAUUGCUCGAAUAUUUCGCAGUCGCCGUCACUAUUGUGGUCGUCGCGGUGCCCGAAGGGCUCCCUCUAGCCGUCACAUUGAGCUUGGCGUUCGCCAUGAAGAAGAUGAUGAACGACAAAGCACUAGUCCGCCACCUGGCGGCGUGCGAGACGAUGGGGUCCGCCACGAGCAUAUGCAGCGACAAGACCGGGACCCUGACGACAAACCACAUGACGGUCGUGAAGUCGUGCAUCGGCAUGACCGUGAGCGAUGUGGUCCCGGGCCAGCAGCAGCAGCUGCCCGGGCCCGCGGUGGAGGUCCUCCUCCAAUCGAUCUUCAACAACACCGCCGGAGAGGUGGUGGUCAACGAGGAAGGUAAGCGCGAGAUUUUGGGGACCCCCACCGAGACCGCCAUACUCGAAUUCGGCCUCUCGCUCGGAGGUGAUUUCCACAUGGAGAGAAACACGUGUAAGCUCGUGAAAAUCGAGCCGUUUAAUUCGACUAAAAAGCGAAUGGGGGUCGUUUUGGAGCUUCCUGAUCAAGGGGGUCUACGGGCCCAUACGAAGGGGGCAUCAGAAAUAGUACUGGCGGCAUGCGACAAGGCGAUCGAUUCGAACGGUGAAGUGGUGCCGCUCGACGACGCGUCGCGGGAUUAUUUGACGGAGACUAUCGACCAGUUUGCCAACGAGGCGCUACGGACGCUAUGCCUUGCUUACACGGAUCUGGAAAACGGGGUUUCUGCUGACGAGGCGAUUCCCUCUUCCGGAUUUACAUGUAUCGGAAUUGUGGGAAUCAAAGAUCCCGUCCGCCCGGGUGUUAGAGAAUCCGUUGCACUUUGCCGUUCGGCUGGAGUAACUGUACGGAUGGUAACUGGAGACAACAUCAACACUGCGAAAGCCAUUGCUAGAGAAUGUGGGAUACUUACUGAUGACGGUAUUGCUAUUGAGGGCCCCGUUUUCCGUGAGAUGAGCUUGGAGCAAUUACAAGAAGUGAUUCCCAAGAUUCAGGUGAUGGCUCGUUCGUCGCCUUUGGACAAGCAUACAUUAGUGAAGCAUUUGAGGACAACUUUUAAUGAAGUUGUUGCUGUAACUGGCGACGGAACAAACGAUGCUCCCGCACUACACGAAGCGGAUAUCGGACUUGCUAUGGGCAUCGCUGGAACCGAGGUUGCGAAAGAGAGCGCUGAUGUCAUAAUUCUGGACGACAAUUUCUCGACCAUCGUGACCGUGGCCAAGUGGGGCCGUUCGGUGUACGUGAACAUUCAAAAGUUUGUGCAGUUCCAGCUGACUGUUAAUAUCGUUGCGUUGGUCGUGAACUUCUCUUCGGCUUGUUUAACCGGAAGUGCUCCCCUAACGGCGGUUCAGCUUCUGUGGGUGAACAUGAUUAUGGAUACACUAGGCGCGCUCGCACUAGCUACCGAGCCGCCAAAUGAGGCACUAAUGACGAAAACGCCCGUCGGAAGAAAGGGUAAUUUCAUAAGUGCUGUCAUGUGGAGAAACAUCCUAGGCCAGUCGUUGUAUCAGUUCUUCGUGAUAUGGUUUCUUCAAGCCUACGGAGAAUCGGUUUUCAAACUUAACGGAAGCUCGAAUUCCGGAUUGAUCCUAAAUACGAUUAUUUUCAACACUUUUGUCUUUUGCCAGCUGUUCAAUGAGGUGAACUCGAGGGACAUGGAGAAAAUAAACGUGCUCGAGGGCAUUUUGGGAAAUAAUGUUUUCGUGACGGUUCUUGGCUCGACUGUAGUUUUUCAGAUCGUGAUUAUUGAAUACCUCGGGACUUUUGCGAAUACGAUUCCUCUGACUUUAGUGCAGUGGUUUGUGUGCGUUUUUAUCGGGUUUUUGAGCAUGCCGAUUGCUGCGGGAGUGAAGAAGUAUAUUCCUAUGGAUAGUUGAAGACAUAACACAAAUUAAUGCAACUGUGACAAUAAUUUUAUUGGAUUUAAUUGUAAGAAAUUCUUGAUUUCAUUGGCUUCUUAGGUAUUUAAUUAAUAAUUAAUCAUCUGUUAUUAGUGUAGGAUUUUUACUUCUUUUAUUUAUGUAUAGUUGAUUUAUUUCACUGAUUGUUGUUAAUUUGUUUAUGACUGCUGCAAACAGAAAAGUUGACUGGAAUU